AUGUUCUAGCUACUGAACUCUUGCUGUUCUCACCUAAAGGCAACUGAAGAGAGAUGAAGGAAUGUGACCAUCAUCAUCAUUGGACUGGACAAUUCAGGCAAAACUGUUCUUAUGGAGGCGUUCCAAAGGCUUCUCCCCAGUAGGAUAGACAGUCAUAUGAAAUCUGAACUGACCACACUCCUGCUGGAUGAUUACGAAGUUUCCAUCUAUGACCUAAAUGGAGACACGAAGGGCCGAGAAACCUGGCCAAACUACUACGCGCAGGCACACGGACUUGUUUUUGUCCUGGACUCCAGCGACUUUGAACGCAUGCAGGAAGUGAAGGUCAUCUUUACGCGACUGCUGUCUGAUAGAGUGGCCGGGAAACCAUCCUACUGCAAGAUUCCGCCUUUCCUGGCCAAUAAGCAAGACAAGAAGGACGCCCUUCUACCUUGUGAUAUUAUUGAAUAUCUGCUGCUGGAAAGGCUAAUGAACGAGAAGAAGUCCUGGUGCCGACUGGAAUCUUGUUCAGCCAUCAAAAACCUCCAAAGAAGGAGCCAUCAGCCUAUAAUUGAAGGCCUGCGCUGGCUGUUAUCUGCCAUUGGGAAUAAAUAUGAAGAGCGGUGUACUCGCCAACAGGCACUCCCGUUGGGCAUCCCAGCCUCCAAGGGUGCCACAGGCUUUGGAGAAAGAUGCUCAUCAGAAAGCUCCACUACCAGGAUGGGAAUGUCCAAAGAAAAGAGACCAAAUCUGGGACAACGCUCAAUGGAACCUAGGCCUCUACAGUCAAUCCUACAGAAAGAAGGUAUAAGAAUAAGACCUAAAAAGAACAUAUCAGUAACAUUUGCUUUAGACGAACCCAUGGAGGAAAGUGAAUGUUCUGGGGGAAAGAGAGCUCAUAACACCUCUGAGCUUCGCUACAAUCAGAGUGUUGGCUUGCAGCGCACAGCUCCAUAUGCCAAGGACAAUCUUUUUGAAGGUAAUGCUGGAUCAGUGAUUAGUCAGAGGAGAAAAGGUAUAAGGUCUUCUCUCAUGAUUUAUAAAACAGUAUUCUUAUUUUGAGUCCAAAGCUCUUUUCUCAUACUAUGCUUAGGGGUCAGUAGAAAGAGGAGUAGAUGAAGUGUAGGGAGAGAGCUUGGGUACUACUAGCUGGCUGCCUAGUAUGAUGCCCCAGCACUGGCUGACACAAGAUCUUUGUUUGGAUGGCUGUAGGGUUAUCUUAAAGGUUAUGAUUUCCAGUGGUGGAAGUACAAAUUGGCAUGACCUUUAGUUUGGUUGUCUGUCUCCCUCUUAUUCUCCGUCUCUCAAUAUGUACAUAAAGAACUUUAAAAUUGUGGAAAUCCUAUGAGCCGAUCAUCUCACGUCUUGAAUGGCAGCCAAAGAUAAUUACACAAGCACCCCAAAAAGGAUGCUCAUGGUUGUUCAACCACAGCAUUGUAUAUAACAGCUAAAAAGUGGAAACAAGCUAAAUGUCUAACAAUGGAGAAUGGCUAAAUAGAUCAAGGUAUGUCCACACAAUGGAAUACUAUGCAGACAUUAAAAAGGCUAUGUGGAGAUUCUAGGUGCUUUUGAGAAGUAAGGGCCAAGGUACCUUUCUAGGGAUUUUUGUUUCGUUGGAAAAUUUCUUUAUACUCACCUAUUAUUUCUUCCAAUAUACU